CAGCUGAAUUCGUGCAGUUCCCGGUCACCAGUUAUCAGUGCUACUUCAGUCAGUCGUAAGCAUUCGUUCGUGUGGCGACAAUGACAAAGUACACCUCUGGACUUAUGUUGUCAACAUUAUUUCUGAUAAGCGUCGUCGUCGCUAGGAACUUAACAUGCACCGAGAGACCGGAGGCUUUUUGGCAGGAAAAGCCCGAAAGCUGGUGCCUCAUCGAAGAUGUCGAUCUGGAGGAAUCCACCGAAGACAUUAAUUUUCCCGAACAUCCAAAGAUCUAUCUGAGAAACUUCAAUGUUUCCUACUUGUCGCCGACGUUGCUGUUCAAGAUGAAAAACGUCAAACAUCUCACGAUGGACUCCUGCACGAUGACCAAAUUCUUCAUGAAAUCAACACUCAUCAGCAUAGAGAUCAAGAAUAGCGACAUAUCAGAGGUAAUCAUCGACAAGGACAGCACCUACGAGCUGCUCAACUUCAGUCUCGAGGGUACCUACAGGAAAACGUUUCCGAAUAACUUCAUUCAGCUUUCCAACCUGGAGGAGUUCUCGAUAAGACACAACGAUUUGACGAAAUUCAUCAUGAGACAGUUGAACGGGCUGAACAAACUGAAGACGCUGGAUCUGAGCUACAAUCGGUUGGAGCAGCUGAUCAUCUCCGAUGGGUUGAAUAUACCGAGUUUGAAGCAACUCAAUCUGGCGGAGAACCACUUACAACAACUCCCUGCGAACCUCCGUCGACUGAAAACCUUGGAGCACCUGAACCUCCACUCCAACCAGAUCGCAUUUCUCGAGAUGAGCCACUUCAACGGCCUCGACCAUCUAAAGAAGCUUGUGCUAAGCGGCAACCGCCGUUUGCAGGUUAGCACUCUGGAACCAGUACACUUACCAAGGCUGGAAAAGUUGGAAAUGAUCGGUUGCGGUCUGAAGGAGCUCGAUAUGCUCUUCUGGAAGCUACCCUCGUUGCGGUACUUCAACGUGUUCGACAACAGUCUGGUAUCGAUUACGAACUUUCCCGAGAGCUUCACCAAGGAGUUGGUGCUGGUGCCGGUGGGCAAUCGCUGGAGCUGCCUGAAGCUGGAGGCCAUUAGCAGCAGGGUGACUAUCAAGGCGAAGGAGCUGGAUCGCUACUGCGAGCACAAGGUGGCCGACAUUUGCUGCAACGGGGGAAGCAUCGAUUUCAAUCUGGUCGACACGCUCGACCGGAAGGUGCAGCUGUUGAAGUACCAGAACUCGAUCCUGUAUGCGAAGCUGGAGGCAACCAACGAGAAGCUGGAGAAGGUGAUUGGCGUGGUGGAUCAACGAGUGGUUAAGUGAAACAACAGAUUCUGAUUUCCUUUUACUUUUCUAAAAAGUGGAAUUAAUAAUAUUUAUGUUUAUAGAAAACAUUUUCGGUGUUAGCGAGGUUCACCAACAAACUAGAAUUGCUUUAUUUAUUGUGUACACAUUUGAAGGGAAAGUUGUUAAAGGAAGUUGGCGAAUAUCCAGUGUAUUAUCUGUAGGCAAAGUGUAUUAUGAAUAAACCCACGAAUCAUGUGA